GACCUCUCAAGGCUAUUCAUCGGUGGGUUGUACGGAUCUUCUGUAAUUAUAGUUAUUGCAAAAUGUAUGGGAAUGAAGGGAUGGAAAGGCUUAUACCUCUUGUUAAUAAGCUUCAGGAUGCUUUCGCAUCUCUUAACCUUCCUCUGAACCUUGAUUUACCUCAGAUUGCAGUUGUGGGAAGCCAAAGUGCUGGUAAAAGCUCAGUGCUGGAAAACUUCGUGGGGCGUGAUUUCCUACCGAGAGGCAGUGGUAUAGUCACAAGGAGACCGCUUAUUCUGCAACUGGUCCAUGAUAAGUCAGUUGAAUAUGGGGAAUUUAUUCACUGUAAAAAUAAAAAGUUCACGGAUUUUGAUGACAUCCGACGGGAAAUUGAACAGGAAACGGACAGAAUCACUGGCUCUAAUAAGGGUAUCUCAAACAUUCCAAUCAACCUCAGGAUCCAUUCCCCCAGCGUCCUCAAUCUUACCCUUAUUGACCUUCCUGGAAUGACCAAGGUUCCUGUUGGCGAUCAGCCACCGGAUAUCGAAACUCAAAUCCGCAACAUGAUCAUUGAAUUUAUCGAGAGAGAUUCCUGUCUUAUUUUGGCUGUUAGCCCUGCUAAUUCAGACCUCGCUAAUUCCGAUGCCUUGAAACUUGCUAAGGAAUAUGACCCACAGGGUCUGCGUACUAUCGGGGUAAUAACAAAGUUAGAUUUGAUGGAUGAAGGAACAGAUGCACAGGAAAUUCUCGAAAAUAGAUUGCUCCCAUUACGAAGAGGUUAUAUAGGUGUAGUCAACAGAAGCCAGCGAGAUAUAGAUGGGCGCAAAAAUAUCACUGCUGCCUUGGAAGCCGAACGUAGAUUUUUCCUUUCACAUCCCAGUUAUCGUCAUAUGGCUGAUCGUAUGGGGACUCCUUAUCUCCAACGUAUACUUAAUCAACAACUAACGAAUCAUAUCCGCGAUACUCUGCCACAUCUACGUAGUCGAUUACAAGCCCAACUAAUUAGUUUGGAAAAAGAAGUUUCUGACUUUCGUAAUUAUCGUCCAGACGACCCAGCUUAUAAAACAAAAGCAUUGCUACAGAUGGUUCAGUCAUUUGAAGCAGAAUUUUCGCAAAAUAUUAGUGGACAUGUAGCUGACGUCAAUACACAAAUAUUGUCUGGAGGUGCUGAGAUUAAUCGCGUGUUUCAUGAACGUUUUAGAUAUGAUCUACUCAAGAUUGAAUUUGAUGAAAAAACUCUACGUAAAGAAAUCGCUGUUGCUAUUCAAAAUAUUCAUGGUGUCAGGCCUGGAUUGUUUACACCGGAUAUGGCAUUUGAUGCUACAGUACGAAAACAGAUUGAAAAACUUCGAAUUCCAUCAUUAAAAUGCGUUGACAUGGUUGUAUCUAAAUUGACCGAUGUUUUGCAACAAUGUAGUGAUAAGGUAGGACGAUUUCCACGGCUUCGUGAAGAAAUUGAACGUGUUGUCAAUAUGCGGGUUCGUGAAUUAGAAAUAGCUACUAAAGAACAAAUUCAAACAUUAAUUGAUUUUCAAUUAGCUUAUAUGAAUACAAAUCAUGAAGAUUUUAUCGGUUUCCAAAAUGCUGAGCAACGAGCAAAUGAUAGUUCCAAAAGUAAACUUGGCAAUCAAGUAAUCUGUAAAGGGUGGCUUAAUUUGAUCAAUCCAAGUCUAUUGCGUGGUGGCAGUCGUUAUUGUUGGUUCGUAUUAACUACAGAUACAUUGACUUGGUACAAAGAUGAUGAAGAACGUGAGAGACGAUUUGUUCUUCCUUUAGAUGGAUUAAAACAACGUAGCGGUGAUACAGGAUUUUUUUCAAAACGACCAACGUUUGUCCUUCAUCAUCCAGAUCCUAAAGUUAAUUUGUACAAAGAUCACAAAACUUUAGAUUUAUCUGCAGAUACAGAAGAAGCGGUUGAAGCUUGGAAAGCUGCUUUAGUUCGUGCUGGAGUGUUUCAUGAUCCAUCUGGAAAACCAGACGAACAGACUGAUGAUGGUGAUACGAAUAAAAUACCGACUGAUCCUAAACUUGAAAGACAAGUAGAAAUUAUACGUAAUUUAGUUGACUCCUAUAUGAAAAUCGUUACUAAAACACAACGUGAUAUGGUUCCGAAAAUAAUUAUGCAUCAAUUAAUUAAUGAGAUCAAGAUUUUUCUAAAAGGCGAUCUCUUGCCCAAAUUGUAUUCACAAGACCCUAACAAUCUUAUGGAAGAGUCAUCAGCUGAGAAAAAGCAUCGUGAAGAAAUUAUACGUAUGUAUGAUUCAAUACGUGAGGCAUUAUCAGUUAUAUCAGAUGUCAUAGCUAAUACGCAUAGUGUCCCAUUACCUCCACCUGUCAGUGAUGACUGGAUUGAGACGGAGUUAUCUACUGGAUCAAAUAAUAUUCGUCGACCACUUCCUUCUAGUAAUACAUCUCAUUCCGGUCAUCACAGUACUAGUACAACACAAAGACCUUUAAGUCCUAAUAAUAUCACAUCAAAUUCUAAUCGUCCCAUACCUUCAAGACCAGCACCAAAUUUACCUAUACGGCAUACUUUGAAUCCCCCAACAAUUGUAACUACAGCCCCUGGUCAACUUCCAGCUCCACUUCUUCCUCAACGAAUGCCACAAUUCAAUAAUGGUCUUUCUCAAAGUGCAAGUACUGGCAACCUUCCAGGUACUAUAUCUUCCGGUGGUAUUGGUGGAAAUACAUUUAUGACUACUAACCCAUCGAAUGGCUCAACACCAAAUACCACUUAUUCUACUACUAAUGCACCGUGGGUUUCAUUUGAUCCUCUUUUUAAUCAAUCCCAAUCAAGUGCAAUAGCACCACCGGUUCCACCACCGAAAUUAACAUCGUUAUCUGGUAAUCUUGGACAUCCAAGUAUACCGGAACGUCCAGGUAAUGUUGGUAUGCCGCGCAUUCCUCCUCGACCAACUUCAUGAAUCAGUGUGUUGUUUAUUUAUUUAUUCUAAUUUACGCAUAUACUUUACGGAUUUAUACAUACAUAUUCCAGGUUAAUGUCCUUUGAAGUAUUUUUCCCCUCAUUUUCAUAAACCAAUUUUUAAAAAUAAUAUUGUGUAUGCUCAACUGUUUUCUACCCAGACGUUUGUAUGGUGGUAUGUAUCUUGUUUUCACUGUUUAACAAGUAAACGAAAAUUUUAUUCAUCUCCUUGUUUACUUGUUUUUAUCACUGUUAAUUCCUAUUGUUCUCACAAUGCAGUUUUAUCAUAAAGCCAAAAAUAUCCAACACAAAUGUAUUCGUUGGUCGAUUUCUCUUUCUACACGUAUUUCGCUCGUUCUCAUUCGCUCUCUUAACACUCAGAAUAUUAUCCAUACACUCACAUAUGUAUCUGAAAUCUCUUCGGUUACCUGUGUAUCGUUUUUAUUUUUUUCAAAGAUCUCACGGGUUCUGUCAUUUUUUCCCAGUACACAAUUUCAUUUUUGUGUAUAAAUGUGUGAUGUUUGCUUGAAUAAUCUCUAUUUUAAUAAUGAUUUUUGAUUUUUAUUUCAUGCGUUAAUGAUUUUGAUCAGUUCUAUAUACUACUACUUACUUACGCCUGUUACCCCUCGUAGAGGAGCAUAGGUCACCCACCAGCAUUCUCCGUACUACUAAUAUAUAUUCCGUAUAUUCGUCCGACAUUAUAUGUAGCCUUAUGAUUGGUUAGUUGUCUGGUUGGUCAACUGAUUUGAUUUUCUCUGUCAUUUUUGAUUAAGCAAAUAUUCUUCCAGAUUUCUAUUCACUCUUCAACACUUGAUUCCUGUUUUUUGGUCAGGAUUAGUGUAUUAGAUGCAGUGAGAUUUCUCCCUAUCUACUGUUCAUUUCGACCGACCUUACCUUAAAAAAAAUAAUAAAACACUUGAUAUUGUUGUCGUUUUAACUCACUUCUUUGAUAAUGUUUGUUUAAUCAAAAUUAGACAAGAUGGUAAAGUUAGUCUUUUGCAAGUCAGAUUCUAUAUCAACUUGAUUGACUUUCUCUGUACUAAUUCACUUCAAUUUAUUCAGUUUGUUCUAACUAUAGAUGCUUCUAGUUUAUUUCAAGAACUUUUUCUUUUUUUUAAUGGUCAUCUAACUAUUGAAGUGAAAUUUUAUUUGAAAAACCUAAUUUUCCUAUGAAAUUGAAAUCGCCUUUCAUUUGUUCUUUUACUGAAUCAUUUAAUGUCUUUUUAUACUUUAGUAUGUGAAUACCUUGUCAUCAACUUCUCUCUCCUUGGAAAUUAAUUAUUGUCUAAUUAUUUUGUUUCUUUUUUCUAAUGAAUUAUGUUUUAUUUGUUCAUUUGAACAGUUUGAAUUUUUAUUUAAGAAUAUAACUAUCCUUACUGCUUUUCUAUAAGAAGAUUGAAUCGAUAUUGUUUAUAUAUGAUGAAUUGAAAUGCAAAAUCAGUUUCUUUAUUUGUUUCAUUUUUUUAAAGAAAAUAAAUUUUCAGAAUGAAUUUUUGUUUGGUAAAUGCAAACAUAUGUAGCCAAAAUAGUCUAAGGAACUUUCUAAUCUACGAUCCAUGAUCUGAAAUCCAUAACCUUAUACACUAAGUCACGUGCUCAAUUGCUUAACAAUACAUAAUGAGGAUAGAAUAAAUAAUCGUAUUAAAUAUGCUCAAAAACAUUGAAAUUCCGAGAUCUGCUCUAAAUGUCUUGUAAUAGCUAUUAAUCAACAAGCACUUAUGGAUAAAAGGUUGAACGUAUAUGAAUUUAUUAGAAUGAUAAAUAAAAAGCAUAAUUAUGUACAAAGGAUUUCAUACGGACACAGAGUUACAGAUCAAUUAUAUAUAUAUAUACUCAUGCUGCUAGAUUGGCGUAUUAUUGUUUCAAUCCAUUUACUGAGUUCAAUCCUGACGUAUUAUUUCAAUUUAAAUGAACUUGUAUCACAUACAACGAACAAUCAUCGAUUUAUUACGACCAUUAUCAUACUAACAUAGAAAAAUUUACGUUUCUUUGACUUGGAUGCUUAUAAAAGUUAGUGUACUUACUG